AUGAGUGUGGGAAAAACCUCGCAUGGAUGGAAGCGCAAACUGAAGUACAACGCGGUGCCAACAAUUUUUAAUAAUAUACCUGCGUGCAAUGUAGAUACACAUGUUGCAAAUGCCAGGGCAUCUUCGAAGAUAGAUAAUGAAUGUGACUAUUUUAAUAACAUAGAGUUAAACGUAUUGUAUAAUGUAGCUGGAUAUAUAGUUCAUAGUAUUGCUAAAGGCAAAAGUGCAAUAUGCACAACUUGUUUAAAUUCGGCAGGUUCAACUAAAUAUAACGCAAAUGUUAAAUACGCAAACUUUGUUCAUCUCAAAUGUUACCGGAAUAACACAUUAUUUUUUGUAACCCAAGAUGUUUUUGAAUAUUUUAUGGACAUGGAAUUUAUAAUUAGACAAUAUCUUUCUCAUGUAAGCAAUUCUAAAUGUAAUUUAAUUAUCUUUUUAUGGAAAAAAUGAAACAUAUUUCUUGUGUAAGCCUGAAAAAUUGUCAUAAAUUAAAUGUGAAAAUUAUGAAACGCUUUAUUGCAUUUCGGAUGAAAAUUGCGUGUCUAAAAGGCCGACUGGUAAAACCAACAUAUAACAGUAAAA